GUCAUCAACAUUCCAUAAUUUUGUCAAAAUAGCACUUACAAAAAAUCCAAAGAAGAGACCGACAGCAGACAGACUCCUUUCUCAUAGCUUUGUCGGGCAGCCUGGUCUUUCAAGAUCUUUAGCAGUUGAGCUGUUGGACAAAGUGAAUAAUCCUGACAACCAUACACACUACAGUGAAGUUGAUGAUGAUGAUUUUGAGCCUCACUCCAUUAUCCGCCACACGAUUCGUUCUACGAACAGGAAUAUUAGGGCAGAACGAACAGCAUCAGAGAUAAACUUUGAUAAGCUGCAGUUUGAGCCCCCUCUACGGAAAGAAACAGAAGCUCGGGAUGAAGUGGUUGUGGCAGCUGGCACUGACUUUGCUUCGCAUUGGAAUCCUUUUGUUGAUGGUGGAAGCAGCAAGGGACUGCUUACAAAGUUUGUCGAUGGGAGUGAAGAUGUUGAAGAAUCAACACUAAAGCGAGCAGGGCCACCUCCGCUACCUCCUAAGCCAAGAAUAAACAGUUAUCCUGAGGAAAACCUCCCAGAUGAUGAGAAAUGUCAGACAAUAAAACAUUUCCCAGACUCACAGAACAGAGCCCUCCCAGCUCACAGGAGACAAAGCAUCCCUGUUUGUGGACCCCAGACCGAUUCCUCCCUCGUUGGUAUGACCAGCAGCAUCAGUAGCCCUGGAUUGCUCACAGCUAGAUACAGCGACUUGGGAAAUGGGGAUGGCAUGCUGAAACUCGUUGAAGAAAAUACAGAAGGAUCUGGACAAAUGCCUCAAUUGCCACGUAAAAAAGAGAAAAGAGAGUUUCCUAAGCCAACCAUCAAUGGUUUACCACCAACACCGAAGGUGCUGAUGGGAGCGUGUUUUUCCAAAGUCUUUGAUGGUUGUCCUUUGAAGAUUAAUUGUGCGACAUCGUGGAUACAUCCAGAUACUAAAGAUCAGUACAUUAUCUUUGGCACAGAAGAAGGUAUCUAUACUUUGAAUUUGAAUGAACUUCACGAAGCAACAAUGGAACAGUUGUUUCCCCGAAAGUGCACCUGGCUGUAUGUUAUCAAUAACACCUUAAUGUCCUUGUCAGAAGGGAAAACCUUCCAGCUCUACUCCCAUAAUUUAAUAGCUUUGUUUGAACAAGCCAAAAAAACAGGAUUAGCUGCUCAUAUUCAAACCCAUAGGUUUCCUGACAAAAUAUUACCAAGGAAGUUUGCCUUAACGACAAAGAUCCCUGAUACAAAAGGAUGCCACAAAUGCUGUAUAGUACGAAAUCCAUACACAGGACAUAAGUACCUAUGUGGUGCAUUGCAGUCUGGAAUUGUUCUACUACAGUGGUAUGAGCCAAUGCAGAAAUUCAUGUUAAUAAAGCACUUCGAUUUUCCUUUGCCAAGCCCUUUGAAUGUGUUUGAAAUGCUAGUGAUACCAGAGCAGGAAUACCCAAUGGUCUGCGUAGCUAUCAGCAAGGGUACUGAACCAAAUCAGGUAGUUCAGUUUGAGACAAUCAACUUGAACUCUGCUUCUUCAUGGUUUACAGAAAUUGGUGCAGGCAAUCAGCAGUUAGAUGCCAUUCACGUAACACAGCUGGAAAGAGACACUGUGCUAGUCUGUCUGGACAAAUUUGUGAAAAUUGUGAAUUUACAAGGGAAGUUGAAGUCAAGCAAGAAAUUGGCCUCUGAGCUGAGCUUUGAUUUCUGCAUUGAGUCAGUGGUGUGCCUUCAAGACAGUGUGUUGGCCUUCUGGAAACAUGGCAUGCAGGGCAAAAGUUUUAAGUCAGAUGAAGUUACCCAAGAGAUAUCAGAUGAAACCAGAGUUUUCCGCUUACUGGGAUCAGACAGGGUGGUAGUGUUAGAAAGCAGGCCAACAGAAAACCCGACUGCACACAGCAAUCUCUACAUCUUGGCUGGACAUGAAAAUAGUUACUAA